AUGGGUAAGAAACAAGCAGGUCCCGCCUAUGUCCUGGGUGUGGGCAUGACCAAAUUCAUCAAGCCUCGUGGCAAGGUUGAUUAUAAUGAGCUGGGCUACGAGGCUGGAGUCAAAGCCAUGCUUGAUGCCCACAUCACCUACGAUGACGUCGACCAGGGUGUUGCAUGCUACGUGUAUGGCGACAGCACCUGCGGUCAGCGAGUGUUCUAUCAAUUCGGUCUCACAAACAUCCCUAUCUACAAUGUUAACAACAACUGCUCGACUGGUUCCACUGGCUUGGCUAUGGCUCGUACACUGGUCUCUCACGGGGCCGCUGACUGUGUCCUGGUUGUUGGCUUUGAGAAGAUGAAUCCCGGUAGCUUGCAGUCCGUGUACAACGAUCGCACUGGGCCAACUACCUUGUUUGGAACAAUGAUGGCGGAGACUCGAGGUGUGACCAAUGCGCCCGGUGCUGCACAGAUGUUCGGUAAUGCUGGUCGGGAAUACAUGGAGAAGUAUGGCACUACCCAAGAAUUUCCUCAGGGGGCUUCACAGCUAACACUAGAUUCCUUUAGGUACGGCGCAAAGAACGAGGACUUUGCUGAAAUCGCCCGCAUCAACCAUGAGCACUCCAAGCGUAACCCAUACUCCCAGUUCCAGGACGAAUACUCCCUCGAGCAGAUUAUGAAGGCGCCCAUGAUAUUUGAGCCGCUCACUAAGCUCCAGUGCUGCCCGACCUCAGAUGGUGGUGCCGCUGCCGUCAUUGUGUCCCAGGAGUUCCUCGAUGCCCGUCCCCACCUUAAGGAACAGGCCAUUCUAAUCGCUGGCCAGACUAUGGCAACCGACACCGACAAGCUCUACAAUACCAGCGCGAUUGAGCUGAUGGGCUUCGACAUGUCGCGGCACGCAGCCCGCACUGCCAUCGCUGAGGCUGGGGUGAAUGUCAAGGAUAUCAAGGUUUGCGAGUUGCACGACUGCUUCUCUGCCAAUGAGAUGAUCACGAUCGAUGCCCUCGAGCUCUCUGAGCCCGGCAAGGCACACGAGAUGGUCCGCCGUGGCGACAUUACCUAUGGCGGUAAGAUGGUCAUCAACCCGUCGGGCGGUCUCAUCUCGAAGGGUCACCCCCUCGGUGCCACCGGUAUUGCUCAGUGUUCUGAGCUUGUCUGGCACCUGCGUGGCUGGGCCAACAACCGUCUCGUUGAUGGUACGAGCGCUGCUCUGCAACACAACCUUGGCCUUGGUGGUGCUGUUGUGGUGAGCGUGUACAAGCGUGCUGAUGGCAAAGUUGCCGUUCCCGUUCCAUCGGACGUUGUGGGCAAGAUCAAUGGCCUUGGAUAUAACCCAGCUGUCGAGGCUCGUGGGUUCACUGCUGAGCAGGCCAAGUCGGUGUGUAGCAAGAACCACAGUGAUAAGUAUGCGGCCGCCGAUGUCCAGGAGCGGGUUCUUGCCCGUUUCUAA